CUCAGAGAGGCUUGGCCUCCGCCUCUUUCGCCCAGGCCUCCGCCGCCGCCGCCGCCGCCGCCGCCUCCGGUGCAAUCACCUCGGCCCAGCCGCGCCCCGCCCAGCGCUCCUGCUGCCUUCUCCGCUGCCACCUCCUCAGCCCCGGCUUCCGCCGCCAGCAUCCAAGCAUCCGUGAGUCAUUUUCUGCCCAUCUCUGGGCACGCGGUAGUGACCACCCUAAGAGGUUUGCAGGCUUGCAGAAUGGCAGAAGCGGAUCCUAACAGGGUCUCGGAGCCUGCCGCCCAGGGGGUGGAUGAAGAGAUGGUAGCUGCCUCGUCUAGCGAUUCUGGGGACGAAUCUGACAGCAGCAGCAGCAGCAGCGGCCGCAGCCCCUUCUAUAGAAGUGUAAGUGUACCUGGGCCUUCCAGAAGUGUGCGGCGGACUCCGUCAGGUAGAAGUUUCGUGGAUCAGCUGCCUAGGGCAGUUAGAAAUCGUGUGCAGGCUCUCAGAAAUAUUCAAGACGAAUGUGACAAGGUAGAUGCCCUGUUUUUAAAGGCAGUUCAUGAUCUUGAACGAAAAUAUGCCGAACUCAGUAGGCCUCUGUACAACCGGCGAUUCGAAAUCAUCAAUGCAGAAUAUGAGCCCACGGAAGAAGAAUGUGAAUGGAAUUCGGAGGAUGAGGUGUUCAGCAGCGAUGAAGAGAUACAGGAAGACUCUAGUGAGAUGCCUGCUUUAGAGGGUGAGGAAGAAGAGGAUGAUCUGGAAGCAAAACCUGAGGUCAAGGCUGAAGAGAAUGUAACACCAAAAGAAAAUCCCAAAGCAAAGACUGAAGAAAAAGCAGAGUCCAAAGAUGCUCUGGAGGCCAAGCCUGAAGUAAAAGAAGAUCCAAAAGAAGCCCCCCAGGCAAAGGCAGAAGAUAAAGGGCAGACUAAGGCAGCAGAGGCUAAGACCAGGACUCCAGGAAAAGAGGCUCCAAAAAGAGUUCCUGAGGUCAGGCCUGAAGAAAGAGCUCUUAAAAGAGCUCGCAAAGGAAAGCCUAAAAGGGAAGAUCCUAAAGGCAUUCCCGACUAUUGGCUGACUGUGUUCAAGAAUGUUGACAAGCUGGGGCCCAUGAUUCAGAAGUAUGAUGAGCCCAUUCUUAAGUUCCUGUCUGAUGUUAGCCUGAAGUUUUCAAAACCCGGCAGGCCUGUAAGUUACACAUUUGAAUUUUGCUUUCUACCCAAUCCAUACUUCAAGAAUGAGGUGCUGACCAAGACAUAUAUAAUAAAGUCAAAGCCAGAUCGCAAUGAUCCCUUCUUCUCUUGGGGCUGGGAAAUCCAAGAUUGCAAAGGCUGUAAGAUAGAUUGGAGAAGAGGAAAGGAUGUCACAGUGACAACCACCCAGAGUCACACAGCUGCUGCUGGACAAGUUGAAACCCAGCCAAGAGUGGUUCCUAAUGCAUCAUUCUUCAACUUCUUUAGCCCUCCUGAGAUUCCUACUAUCGGAAAGCUUGAACCACGAGAAGAUGCUAUCCUUGAUGAAGAUUUUGAAAUUGGUCAAACUUUACAUGAUAACGUCAUCCUGAAAUCAAUCUAUUACUAUACAGGAGAAGUCAACGGUACUUAUGAUUUCGGUAAAGAUUAUGGAAACAGGAAAUAACAAAAAUAUAAAAGAGGCUGCAUGAAAGAAUUUUCAGAAAUCUCAAAUUUCAAGCAGAAGUAA